GGUACAUGCAUCGGAUUAUAGUUGUACAAGGGUAUGGAAAAAAAAGUGACCAAAGACCAAACAGCCAUGACAGGAGUGAAUACACAUGCGAAGAAGAAAACAACAGCAACAACAACAAUAUUUGCCAUGCAAAACAGAUGAUUCUUGUACUCCAGUUGCGCGUGCGUGCAAAAACAUCAAAAGAGUGCUUUUUUGGGUACAAAAAGGCCGUGGUGCGCAAGAAAAAUGGCAACUACAUUAGAGCACGCGCAGACAGACAAGUUGAUGAUGAUGAUGAUAUAUGCAGACCAAGCAGGGGGGGGACAUCCAAUCAGUAUCCCCCAGUCACUCUGUUUGUAAAUUAGGAAAUAAUGAAAGCUUCUGUGUGUGAGCCAAACUAAGAACCCAAACUGUUCUAGUCAAAACAGCGCCACCUUCGCCGUAGAAAAUGUCGCCAAGGGGGGUAUCG